AUGGACAUCAGCAGCACGAAAGGGGAGGAGCCCGUGCUAGACUUGCGCUUUGAGGUUGCAUUUCCCGGCAGCCUGGAGCAUGGCGACAGAAUUUCGGUGGAGUCGCCGGCAGGUUUCACCCUCGAAGCGCCAGGCGGGAACGGCCAGUGCAACGGCUUCGCCUGGAGGGGCGACAUCAACCUGAGCACGAAGGUGAGUUGCAACGGGAGAGAGAUGACCAUUCUUUUGCAUGAGCACGUUAGCGAGGAGACAAUCUUGCAGUUCAUUCUUGACACUGCUAAUCCGCCAGCGACGCCGCACGUGAUGCAGAACAACUGGAUUGUGAGCCACCUCGGCCCAGACACGCGGAUCAUGGCCACAGAGGCAUUGCGGAGUUGGGACGCAGUGCCGCAGCUCGUUGACGUGGGCAUCGCUUUGGUGGGCCAGAACAAGGCGGCUGGGCAGCUGUCCAGCAUAUCAGUCUCAUUCGAACCUAUGUUCGCUGCCGACGAGUUGGAAAUCCAUACGCUCCAACCUACCAGCACGUCGUUCGCUAACGCCACAGUGACCUCGACUGGCCACGAGGUGAUUUCAAAACAUCCACACAUCAUCCGCAUCCGGGCCGACAUCGUAGUGGGCAUACGGACUCUCAUCGUGAUCGGCAAUGUCAGGCUUGGCGCGCCAGGAGGCCAGACUGUUUUUGACCUUGUGACGAAGCUGGGCAAUGGUGAUCAGAUGGAUGAGGCCCUCGGCUUCGACGGUGGAUUUUUCCAGCCCGGUUUGCUAACCGUCAAGAGCCAGAUGAUUCAGAAUGGACACGCGCAAUAUGUUCCGUCGUUAUGGGGCCCGCGGAUGCUUGAGAAGUCGUUGGCGAAAUUUGUAUUUUCCAGCACGAUGGAUAUAGAGGCUGACAGCACGCUGGUUAUCACCAGCGUCUCGGAGAUAUCGGCGCAAUAUCAGCUCUUCGCCCAGGAUUUCGCUGUCGUCCGCGUCAACAACGGGGCCUUCCAUGGGUACACCGCGUUGAGCUCGGGCAGCACCCUCACCGCAACGCUAGACACCCCUCUGCUGGCAGGCACGGACUACGAGCUCCGGUUUACCGUGCAGACUCCGGCGUUGGCGAGCGCCACGGCGUCGCGCUGGAAGGUCGAGGCUUAUUCCGACUACGGGCUGCCUGGUCAGCAUCUCCGUACCACGAACGACGCUAUGACUCCAGCCUUUCAAUUGGUGGACCACGUGACGCUGGAGGUCAGGUCGCCAGAUUGUCCCCCUACGGCUGUCGUCGCGGCCCAGGUAGCAAUUGAUUUACAGUCCACUCAUCCGACCGAGCUGUUGAUCGUUGCGCCGUCGGGCUUUAAUUUCACAGAAGAUUGCUUACAGCAAGGCGGUUGGAACGGAGAGAUUGUUGCAUGCGCGCAAGACGCGGAUAUCAUGGGCAGGGCUUCAGCCAGGCUGACGUCGAGUUCUGGCGGCAUCAGCGGCUUCGUGUCGGGGAUCAACAUCCGCGUCACCGUCCCAGUUGCCGACAGUGUCCGUGUUGCAGACCCAAGCUGGUACAUUUCUGUGUUCGACGCUCACGGGGAGCAGCAGGGCUGGGGCAACGAUUCGGUCGGCUUCGAAGUAAUCCCGAUGCAAGGCUUCACUGUCGUUUAUUCUGGCGUACCAGACAUGUCGGGCCUGAUGGUCGUGGGCUUCAUCGUCCACACGCAGGUCCCAGCAGGAGGCAGGAUCCAGCUAGGUUUUCCGCUUGGUUUCUUCAUGCAAUGCGACGGCGCUUUCUUCGAGCAGUUGGGGCUCACAGGGGAUUUCGUUUGCACCAUGGGUACCGGCAUCUUGGAGGUCCAGGUCAGCGACCCCAUCCCGAUUGGGCGGCAUGCCUUCGCCGUCACUAGUACGCCGCCUCAGGUGGUCAACGGUGACAAUUCUUUUUUCAUAAGGAUAAUUAGCCCUGAUCUGGAAGUGCUCGACGCGGCAAUGGAAGCCCCUGGCCUUCAAAUUCAGAAGGGGCUUCCUAUGACAGCCCUUGACCUAGCCUGGAGCAAAAGCGUACCUGAGGAAACGUCCACGGUGAGCCUCGGCUUCGAGCUGGUGUCCACGCUGCCAUCGCAAAACCCAACGCAAUUGGGCGAGCUGGUGGUGGAAUUGCCGCCGAACUUCGAGCUGCAGGUGACCAGCGCUGACCAAGUGGAGUGGCAGGAUCAGGCUCUGCCCCAUGCUGAGUCCUCGUGGAUGGACGCCACGCAGCCCGACCGGUUGAGUAUUCUCCUUGAUGAGGAGGCGUGCGAGAACCUUGCCAUUGGAGCGUACAGGCUCGCCUUCCCGGUGAAAGUGCCCGUCCUCAUCCCGACCUACAACGUGUUCGUCGUGACCCUAUGCAGCCCUCCACCGAUCAAUUCGACGUCCAGCAGGUGCACCGGCUGGAACCACAGCAGAGCCUUGGUGGUCGGCCGACUGAAAGCCGGGGCGUGCCGUGUUCUGCAUGAUGCUGGAUACCGCCUCCUCCGACAUCUAGCCCUGGAGUUGCAGGACACCAGUCACGUCGGUUGCAUUGACCUUCUCCGCUCCCAGGGCUACGUGGGGCAGGACAUCAGCGACGCUGGAGCGGUCAUCCACGACGCUUGCAUCUGUCACGCCCGGGUUUUCGAUCACGAGCGUUCCAGGCUUGCUAUUGUGAGCCCGCUCGAGAUGCGGAUCCGACGCAGGGCGGCCACGAUACGUAUCAGGCUCCAGAGAUGGCAGCGAAUGAGGAUUUGGUUCCAGCAAGUUUUGGGGAGACCCGUGCCGUCUGCGCCGGCACAGCUCAUCGACUACUUGAUCGAGUUCACCGAACAGGACGCCCCAAAGACAGCCCCAACGCAGAUUGCUGCUGCUUUCUCAUUAACCGAGAUUGUCGGUGCCGUACCAGAUGCCGAUCGUCUGUCGUUGCACCCAGCGUGGUUAGCUGCAGUGCGGGAUGCUGAGUUUCGCCUGCAGCCUGGGGCCCCGCCAGCGCGUCAGGCGCCACGCUUCUUCAUCAGCAUGGUCAUCGGCAUGGAGCGCCUGGUCGUGUGCGACGGCUAUCCCCUCUUCAAACGCUUCAUUGCUUGGACUCGCCUCGUGAAGGUCUGGGCGGCGCUGCGCAGCAACUAUACGGAGGGCCUCUCCCCGGGGACGCUGCGGUUUACAGCCAGUGGUCUUGAGGGCACCCUGCAACGCACGAAGACCACAGGGCCCGGGCGCCGUUUGCAGCACGUUUCUUUCUUCGUAUCGUUGAACGCAGACGUCGCUGAACCCGUUUGGUUGCAAACUGGUUUUGAGUUCCUGAAGGGCCGCCUCUGUUCCGAUCGCGACUAUCUUAUCCCGAAGGCGACCCAGGAUUAUCGGGGGUUCGUGCACUCCAUGGCGAAGUACAUGGACCAUGCAGCCUCCGGGCGCGCCGUGCUAUACGAUAUCCUGUGCUCUGAAAGGGAUUCGCUUGUUCCGGUUGCCGAUGCGGCAGCCUUUUGGUCCGAGCACUCGGAGAGGAUUUUCCUCGUCUCGAUCGCCGCCGCCCUGGGGGUCAAGAAGGAUGACCGCGACUACCUGGGGCGCUGGCGGGCCGGCAACCAGAGCGACGAUUACGUCCGGACGGCGAGGCAGAUCGUCAUGGAGAUUCAAGCCAGGGUUGCUGUAGCUCUCAGGGGCCCCCUGUGCAUCGACAAAUCCGAUGUUCGCGACUCUGUGCGCAAGUUCCUCGUGCAGUGGGGCAUGAUCACCAGCGACGUCGACAAGCUCAUCGAAAUGCUUGCCCGCCGCGCGGGACAUCCAGGGCGGGCGCGCCUCCGAUUCUACAGCAUCUUCGUCCUCUUCGGGUACCUCCACAUCCUCGCGAACCGAGCCUUGUGGAUAGGACGGGCGUCGGAGUUACCUGGGCCAGCUGCCGCCGUCGUCCUGCGGCUGCCCGGCCCUGGCACGCUGUCGCGCGUGUCUCCUGGCCCGCGCCCGUAG